AUGGAGAAUCAAUACUCCAUAAGUGUGCAGUCUCUGAAUGCAUUUGGCUCUUCCAGAGUACACGUCGGCAAUAGCUACAACGUAACGCAUUAUCAUCACCAAAAGUCCGAGCAGGACGGUAGCAAAACGUACUUGGACACACUGCGGUCGACUGAUCCUCGCCAUGAUAAAGCCAGGAUCGAACAGACUAAUGGUGGUUUGUUGAAGGAUUCGUAUGUCUGGAUUCUUGAGAGCGCAGAGUUCAUCAAUUGGCGCGACAAAAGCAAGGGUGGCCGGCUUCUAUGGAUCAGAGGAGACCCUGGCAAAGGGAAGACAAUGCUACUAUCUGGUCUUAUCAACGAACUGCAACCUUCCACAAAACUAGAGAACCCACGAAACCGCAACGCAAUAUCGUACUUCUUCUGCCAAGCCACAAAUUCUGGUUUGAACAACUAUACUGCGAUAUUGAAAGGACUCAUCUACCUGCUAGUCAUUCAACAUCCGUCACUCGUUGUGCACCUAGACGAUAAGCACGAUCAAGAUCACUGGAACUCACAGGUAUCAUUGGAAAGCAUCUUCCGCAGAAUGCUUGAUGAUCCAGGUCUUGGCGAGGUAUAUCUGCUUGUAGAUGCCCUGAAUGAGUGCGUUGAGGACCUUCCUCUUCUUCUAGGAUUGAUAACGAAUGUCAUCGAAAGUCGUACUCUGUUUGGAACUCUAUGA